GUUGCGCGAUGCUGCCGUCCUACCUCCCAUCACAGCUCACUCUCGUCCUAACAACCAGUCCCUCUCCACACCAUCCGUCCACACAUCUCUUGACAACCGUACUCGAAUCUCUCCUCCCGUCCACACAAUUGGCAUCAUGCGACUUGAUUGUCACUUUUGACGGGUACAAUACCCCGUUACAUCACACGCCCAAUCUCAAGCAAGGUCGGUUGAAUACAGAGUUGGCAGAGACGUAUGGAACCUAUGUACAUGAUGCAAAGAGAUGGUUAUCAACGAGAUGGGCUUCACACAACAAACGACAAGACACAACGUACACGAUCCAGAAUGACAUUGUCACCAUUUCCACUGGAGCAACUACCACCGCCACUGUUCAUACCACCCUCCUCACAUCCCCUCAACAUACACCCCUAACUCUCAUCCAAGCGUCAACGCACCUAGGUUUUGCACUCUCAAUCCGUACAGCCCUUGCAUACGUUAAAACACCCUACAUGAUGGUCCUUCAACACGAUUGGGCGUUCACGGCUCCGAUACCUGUGCAGGAUAUUAUACAAACAAUGGAAACGAACCCAGAAAUCAAUUAUGUGGGGUUUAUUAGUCCACGGAUUGUGGAAUAUGCUCGGAAAAAGGGACAAGGGAAGGGGUUACCCAGUUCCAUCAUUCACGAAAAAUCGUAUAAAGUGCCAUUGGCAAGGUUAUUUUUCUGGUUUGAUAAAAACCAUAUUGCUUCUACAGAGUAUUAUCGAACUAGGGUCUUUACAAAGGGGUACUUUCAACGUGGAGAUUUUAUUGAAGACACUUUUGGACAUGUUCAGUUGAAUGAUAUUAAACAACGAGGGCUGGAAGGACAUGCUGAUUACGGGACGUACUUGUAUUACCCGGAUCAAGGUCGUGUCAAGUGCUUGUUGCAUCUAAAUGGGCGGAUCAAGAUGCUUGAUAAAGAAGGAAAACAAAAGGAAAUUGAGAUGGGACAGGACAAGAGACGGACAAGGUCCGCGAGAGACCCUGGGGACGAGCAAGAAAUUGAUUGGGAUGACGAUAGAUGGGAAUUGUAAAUAGUGGCAUAAUGUACACACUUUUUUCGAUAGUAACAUACUAUUUAUUAGUACCGAUGCUCAAAUGGUAUAAUAAAACCUAUAUACACUUGUGUAAAGAUACCCCAGAAAAG